AUGUUGCAAGUAGUACUUUCAGAUGAAUAAAACUUGUCUAUUUCGCAGGAGUUAUCUCAUUAGGGCGGCAGUUUCAGGAUUUCCAAAUAGACCUUGGUGAAAAUAGUUAGUGCUGCUCAAGAACGGCUGUUCGCAGAGGAGAUUGAUGAAUUAGAAAAUAUUGACGGUUUGCAGAAUCUGGAAAUGAGCUUGUGCACUAGUUUCACUAAGGGAUUGAAAGGGGAUGACUUUAAGGAGAGAGAAGUCCUCUUUGGUAACAACAAGAAACCUGUCAUUCCACCAAAAACAUAUCUACAAUUGCUCUUACAAGCUUUGGAGGUUCAUAUAUUCUUAUAGAAUCUAUAUAGGAUUUCAUCAUGAGAGUGUUGCUGGUGGCCUCAAUCGUCUCAAUAGUAAUUGGAGUUUCCACAGCCGAUGAUAGUCAUCGCUCGUUAGCUUGGAUUGAAGGAUUCGCAAUUUUCGUAGCUGUAUUUGUAUGCUGCAACGUGACUGCAGUGAAUGUAAAGAAUAAGCAUAUAUGUAAAGGAUUACCAAAAGGAAAGAUAAUUUCAAAGUUUAAAUUAGAUGGCCGACAGUAGAAAGACAGUAACAGUAUGGAGAGAUGGGUGUAAAAUAGAUUUGCAUCAGAGUUUAGUGAUGGUGGGAGACAUAAUUUAAAUUUUUGAAGGUAUGGAGAUACCAGCAGAUUGUUUCGUAGUCGAGGCAGCUGAGUUAACGAGUGACGUAAUCAAAUAAUAAAUUAUCGAUAGGAAAGUGCUAUGACAGGUGAGACUGAUCCAAUAAAAAAGGAUACCUACGAGAAUUGUAAAAAGCAGAGAGAUAAAUUAAAAGAUCAAUAAAACUCGUGUGGUAGACACGAUGUCUCGUCUCCAGUCAUGCUGAGUGGUACUAAAGUACUCUCCGGAGAAGGCAAGAUGGUUGUGGCUGUCGUUGGAGACUCGAGUUGUGUUGGAAAGAUCUCUUCAUUGCUUGCAACUGAGGAUAUCCAAACCACUCCCUUACAAGAAAAAUUAGAAGCCAUUGCCUAGGAUGUAGGUAAGUUCGGUCUUGCAAGUGCAGCAUUGAUAUUGCUCAUUUUGCUCUUAAGAUUUGCAGUGGAAAGAAUUAAGGAGAACUCAUUUGAAAAAGAUCAUGUCAAGGAAAUGCUGAAUUUCAUUAUUAUAUCCAUUACAGUCAUUGUAGUUGCAAUUCCUGAAGGAUUGCCCCUUGCAGUUACUCUCUCCUUGGCCUACUCCACAAAAAGAAUGUUGAAGGACAAUAAUUUAGUUAGAAAAAUGGCAGCAUGUGAAACCAUGGGAGGAGCAGACAUGGUAUGCUCAGAUAAAACAGGUACAUUAACUUAAAAUAAAAUGUUUAUGGUCUCAAUUUGGAAUGAUACUCUUAUGGAUAUUGAUGUUUAUAAUGAGUAAUUGAAUUUAAGUACUUACUUUCCUACUUAAAUGCAUGAUUUAUAUGUAUAAGCAUCAAUUGUUAAUGGCACGGCUAUGAUCAGACCAGAAGAAAAGGGCAGCAAAACUGAAGUAGCCAUGAUUCUAUUUGCAGAGAAAUGUGGCAUUGUCUAUGAAAAAGAAAGAGAAGUACAUGUUGCCAGUAUGAAAAUACCAUUUUCAAGCAAAAGAAAAAGAAUGGCUAUGAUCAUUGGAAAAAGAUUAGUUAUAAAAGGUGCUAGUGAGAUCAUUUUAGAGGGUUGCAACAAAUUACAUUCAAAAAGUAGAGGAAUCAUCUCAAUUGACUCUACCAUUAGAUAAAAUAUUGAAAAAGCCAUAGAAACCAUGGCAUCGUAGUCUCUUAGAACUAUUGGAUUAGCCUACAGAGAAUUAAAUGGCACUGAAGAUCUAGCUAGCAAAAAUGAUAAGGGCGUUUAUGAUGUUGAAACUGAAAAUUUGACUUUAAUUGCUAUUGUAGGAAUCAAGGAUAUCCUAAGACCUGAAGUCCCUGGAGCUGUUGCUAAUUGCAAAACUGCAGGCAUUAAAGUUAGAAUGGUAACUGGUGACAAUAAGAUCACUGCCAAGGCUAUAGCAAAAGAAUGUGGAAUUUUGAUUGAUGAGGAACGAUCCUUAGUACUAGAAGGUCCUGAUUUCGUUAAUAGAAUUGGAGGUGUAGUUUGCAAAUGGUGCAAGACAGCAACUUGUGAUUGUCCAAGAGAUUAAUCAACAGCCAAACAAAUUGGGAAACCAGUUAGAGUAGACACAAUUAAAAAUGGAGAAGAGUUUGACAAAAUCUAUCCUCUCCUAGAUGUCUUGGCUAGAAGUAGACCUGAAGAUAAGUAUGCACUUGUCACAGGACUUCUAGAAAGGGGACAUGUUGUAGCAGUAACUGGGGAUGGUACAAAUGAUGGUAUUAUAUUUAUAUUCAAUUCGUAAUAGCUCCUGCUUUAAAGAAGGCUGAUGUAGGAUUUGCUAUGGGUAUUGCAGGCACAGAAGUUGCUAGAGAGAGUGCUUCCAUUAUCUUAUUAGAUGACAAUUUUAGCUCGAUAGUCAAGGCAGUAAUGUGGGGAAGGAACAUCUACGACUCAAUUAAGAAAUUCCUGCAAUUCCAAUUGACUGUCAAUGUUGUAGCUGUUACAAUGACUUUGAUAUCUUCGGUGUUACUUAAAUAAGAAGUUCUGGAACCAAUCCAAAUGUUAUGGGUCAAUUUGAUUAUGGAUACCUUCGCAUCUUUGGCUUUGGCUACAGAAACACCUACGCCUGAAUUGUUGUAGAGGAAACCUCAUAACAGAAACGAGUACAUGAUUUCAUCCAAGAUGUUCAAACACAUUUUAGGAUAGGCUGUGUAUUAGAUGAUAAUUAUGCUGGUGUUAUUGUUUUCAGCCCAAGAUUUUAUUCCUGAAUAUCACGGCCAAGAGGAUGGGACUUCAGAUUUCGAAGGGAAAUUGUAAUACAAAUAUUCAAAUACCUUUUAUGAUGAGAAGUCCAAUAAUCACUUAUGUCCUAAUCAUUAAGAUUAUUGCAACUUGGUUUCUUUCAGCACCGACUACUAUGUGGAUGGUUCAGAGAAUUAUGAAGCCUUCUACAAGGAAACAUAUAUCCCAUCAAGACAAUUUACUGUGAUAUUUAACACCUUCGUGAUGAUGCAACUAUUCAACUUUAUGAAUGCCAGGAGAAUUAAGGAUGAACCAAACAUCUUUUAAGGCAUUUUCACCAACAUCUUAUUCCCAAUUAUAGUUAUAGGAAUUCUGACACUACAAAUAAUUUUAGUUACAUUUGGAGGUAUCGUCUUCCACUGCUAUACUUUUUAUGGACUAAGAAUUGAAUAAUGGUAUAAUUAUAUCUAUUAUUAAUCCUAGGUUAAUAUGUGUUGCUUUCGGUUCCGGAGGACUAUUUGUAAGAAUGAUUCUUAGACUUCUACCAGACCCCAAAUUAGCCUUCUUGGAUAAGUUGGGCCAUAAGCAGAAUGAAGCUCAUAAAGUGGCAUCCCCAACUGCGCAGAACAACGUUAGCUAUCAAAUUUAAGUGAUUCGUCAAGAAUCAGAAUUGGCAAAUCUUAAUGAUCAAGCUUAAGAAUCUAGAAUGAUUUGA